AUGCGUCCAGAAGUUGAACAAGAUUUGGCUCAUACGCUCCUGGUUGAGCUUCUCGCAUAUCAAUUCGCAUCACCGGUUCGAUGGAUCGAAACGCAAGAUGUCAUCUUGGGCGAGAAGACAACGGAGCGCAUUGUCGAGAUUGGUCCCGCAGACACGCUUGGUGGCAUGGCUAAGCGGACGCUCGCUGCCAAAUACGAAGCUUACGACGCUGCGCGGUCCGUACAACGACAGAUUUUAUGUUACAACAAAGACGCCAAAGACAUCUACUAUGAUGUCGAUCCGGUGGAGGACGAGCCAACACCAGCAGCUGGCGGUGCGUCAACGAGCGCAGCAACAAGCGCCCCGGCUACAGGAACCACUACUGCAGCACCUGUAGCGACACCAGUACCUGCGGCAGCCAGCUCUGGUCCCGCCGCGUCGGUCCCAGACGUACCGGUCGGUGCGGUGGAUAUUCUUCGAGCUCUCAUUGCACAGAAGCUCAAGAAGCAAAUCGCGGACAUACCUUUAAGCAAAGCCGUCAAAGACUUAGUAGGAGGCAAAUCGACACUGCAGAAUGAGAUCCUUGGAGACCUUGGGAAAGAGUUUGGGUCGACGCCGGAGAAACCAGAGGACACACCGUUGGACGAGCUUGGUGCAUCGAUGCAGGCAGUCUUCAAUGGUCAGCUCGGCAAGCAAUCGACAUCGCUCAUUGCACGCAUGGUGUCAUCGAAGAUGCCUGGAGGCUUCAACAUCACUGCGGUGCGUAAACACCUAGAGACCAAGUGGGGACUUGGACCCGGUCGUCAAGAUGGCAUUCUACUCUUGGCUUUGACCAUGGAACCUGCAGCUCGUCUGGGCUCCGAGAACGACGCCAAAUCAUGGCUCGACGAGACAGCUCAGAAGUAUGCGGCGCAGGCUGGCAUCAGUCUCUCCACAGGCCCAGCACCAGGCGAAGCAGCUGGUGCUGGUGGAAUGAUGAUGGAUCCUGAAGCUAUCGAAGCUUUGACGAAGGAUCAGCGCGCGUUAUUCAAGCAACAAUUGGAGCUCCUCGCCCGAUAUCUCAAGAUGGACCUCAGGGCUGGUGACAAGGCAGCGAUCGCUGGAAAACAGAACGAAGCUGCUCUGCAAGCACAAUUGGAUCUUUGGAACACUGAACACGGCGAAUUCUAUGCCGCUGGCAUUGAACCUUCAUUCAGCGCCUUAAAAGCGCGCAUCUAUGACUCGUCUUGGAACUGGGCUCGCCAAGAUGCUCUCACCAUGUACUACGACAUCAUUUUCGGUCGUCUCAAGAUCGUUGAUCGAGAGAUUGUCAGCCGAUGCCUUCUGAUCAUGAAUCGAUCAAAUCCUACCUUGCUCGAAUUCAUGCAGUACCAUAUCGAUCACUGCCCGACCGAGCGCGGCGAAACAUACGAACUCGCUAAGGCUCUCGGGCAACAGCUCAUCGAGAACUGUCGUGAUUUUGCUGAUGAGGCGCCCGUAUACAAGGACGUGGCCAUGCCGACAGGUCCUCAUCUCACCAUCGACGCUCGUGGAGACAUGGAAUACGAAGAGGGCACACGACCCAGUGUUCGAAAGCUUGAGCACUACGUUCGAGAGAUGGCAGAUGGCGGAAAGAUCUCCGAAUACGGCAACCGCACCAAGGUGCAACAUGAUCUGCAACGCGUGUACAAGCUCAUCCGCCAGCAACACAAGCUCUCGAAAUCUUCGCAGGUCGAGAUCAAGCAGCUCUACGCAAACAUCAUCAGAUCGUUGGGAAUGAGCGAGGGACAGAUCAUGCCAUCAGAGAAUGGCCAUUUCGGUGCGCGCUCGCGUAGGAGUCCUCGCAAUGGCCGUAUGAACGGUGCCGUCCGCCACGAUAAGGUAGAGACUAUCCCCUUCCUGCAUCUGAAGGGUAAGAAAGAGCAUGGAUGGGAAUACAGCAAGAAGCUUACUGGCAUCUAUCUGGAGGGUCUUGAGCAAGCUGCCCGAUCUGGCGUCACGUUCCAGCAUAAGAACGUGCUCAUGACUGGCGCCGGUGCAGGUUCCAUCGGCGCGGACGUCCUUCAAGGCUUGAUCAGCGGUGGUGCCAAAGUCGUCGUUACCACGUCGAGAUUCUCCCGCCAAGUCACUGAAUAUUACCAAAGUAUGUACGCCCGACAUGGUGCUCGAGGCUCCCAGCUGGUUGUAGUACCAUUCAAUCAGGGCAGUGUCCAAGAUGUCAACGCUCUGAUUGAUUACAUCUAUGACGAAAAGAAGGGCCUAGGUUGGGACUUGGAUUAUGUGGUUCCUUUCGCAGCCAUCCCGGAAAAUGGUCGCGAAAUUGACAGCAUCGACAGCAAAUCAGAAUUGGCACAUCGUAUCAUGUUGACCAACCUUUUGCGCAUGCUCGGAGCAAUCAAAGCGCAAAAGGCGGAUCGUCGUUUCGAGACACGACCAGCCCAAGUCAUUCUUCCGCUUUCACCCAAUCACGGAACCUUUGGCAAUGAUGGUCUCUACUCAGAAUCCAAAUUGGCAUUGGAGACUCUGUUCAACCGAUGGCAUUCCGAGAGCUGGGGCAACUUCCUCACAAUUUGCGGUGCUGUUAUCGGCUGGACUCGCGGUACCGGCCUCAUGGGCGGCAACAAUAUCGUUGCUGAAGGCGUCGAGAAAUACGGUGUUCGAACGUUCUCUCAGCAAGAGAUGGCUUUCAACUUGCUCGGUCUGAUGGCACCACCCAUCGUGAACCUCUGCCAGCAGGAGCCCGUCUUCGCCGACUUGAAUGGUGGCUUGCAAUUCUUGCCGAACCUUAAGGAACUUAUGACUCAGCUCCGCAAGGACAUUACUGAGACUUCCGAAAUUCGUAAGGCCGUGACCCGCGAGACUGCUAUUGAGAGCAAGAUUGUGAACGGUGAGGACCACGAAGCCCUGUAUCGUACCGUCAAAGUCGACAAGCGCGCCAAUCUGAAGUUCGACUUCCCCAAUCUGCCAGACUGGAAGAGCGAAGUCGAGCCUUUGAACGCAGAUCUGAAGGGCAUGGUAGAUCUCGAGAAGGUGGUCGUCGUCACUGGCUUCUCCGAGGUUGGCCCUUGGGGAAAUUCCCGUACACGAUGGGAAAUGGAAGCCAACGGCGAGUUCUCACUCGAGGGUUGCGUUGAAAUGGCUUGGAUCAUGGGCCUGAUCAAGAACUUCAACGGCCCGAUCAAGGGCAAGAGCUAUUCGGGUUGGGUUGAUAGCAAGUCUGGAGACCCGGUCGACGACAAGGAUGUAAAGGCAAAGUACGAGCCUUAUAUUCUGGAGCACUCCGGUAUUCGCCUCAUCGAACCUGAGUUGUUCCAAGGCUAUGAUCCGAAGAAGAAGCAGCUUCUGCAGGAGAUCCAGAUCGAAGAAGACCUCGAUCCAUUCGAGGCCUCCAAGGAGACUGCCGAGGAAUUCAAGCGUGAGCACGAUGAAAAGGUCGAGAUCUUCGAACUCGAGUCCGGCGAAUACCAAGUCCGCCUCAAGAAAGGCGCGACGCUUCUCAUUCCCAAAGCACUUCGAUUCGAUCGUCUUGUCGCUGGUCAAAUCCCCACGGGAUGGGAUGCAAAGCGCUAUGGUGUUCCCGACGACAUCAUCGAACAAGUCGAUCCGGUCACGCUGUACGUCUUGGUCUGCACUGCUGAGUGUUUACUGUCGUCUGGUAUCACCGAUCCGUACGAGUUCUACAAGUACGUCCACAUCUCGGAGGUCGGCAACUGUAUCGGCUCUGGUAUUGGUGGUACCAGUGCACUUCGCGGCAUGUACAAGGACCGUUUCCUCGACAAACCGCUGCAGAAGGAUAUCCUGCAGGAAUCGUUUAUCAACACUAUGAGUGCUUGGAUCAACAUGCUUCUCAUGUCUUCUACCGGACCAAUCAGAACGCCGGUCGGUGCGUGCGCGACCGCUGUUGAAUCGAUUGAUAUUGGUUACGACUGCAUUGUCGAAGGCAAGGCUCGAAUGUGCUUUGUCGGUGGCUUUGACGACUUCCAGGAGGAAGGCUCAUACGAAUUCGCCAACAUGAAAGCGACAAGCAAUGCCGAGGACGAAUUCGCCCACGGCCGCACACCCAAGGAGAUGUCUCGCCCAACUACCACAACCCGUAACGGCUUCAUGGAGGCCCAGGGCUGCGGCAUGCAGGUCAUCAUGGACGCCAAGCUUGCACUUGACAUGGGCGUGCCGAUCUACGGCAUUCUUGCUUUCACAGCCACCGCGACAGACAAGAUUGGGCGUUCUGUUCCUGCACCUGGUCAGGGUGUGUUGUCCACCGCUCGUGAGCAGACUUCCAAGUUCGCAUCGCCCCUGCUGGAUAUCAAAUACCGCAAGCGACAGCUUGAUCUGCGCCGCAAACAGAUUAAGGGGUGGCAAGAGUCCGAGCUUAUCUAUAUGCAGGAGGAGCUCGCAGCCAUGAAGCAGCAAGGUGACGAGUUCAAUGAGCAAGAGUACCUUGAGGAACGAGCAGCUCACAUCGAGCGGGAAGCACGCCGACAGGAGAAAGAGGCAUUGCAGAGUCUCGGCAAUAGUUUCUGGAAGAAGGACUCCCGCAUCGCUCCUCUCCGUGGUGCCCUCGCAACUUGGGGUCUCACCAUUGAUGAUCUUGGGGUCGCGUCCUUCCACGGAACAUCGACUGUCGCAAAUGAUAAGAACGAGUCGGAUGUGGUUUGCCAGCAGAUGAAGCAUCUGGGACGCAAGAAGGGAAAUGCAGUCAUGGGUAUCUUCCAGAAGUACCUGACUGGCCACCCCAAGGGUGCUGCUGGUGCUUGGAUGUUCAACGGUUGUUUGCAAGUCCUCAACACUGGUCUCGUGCCCGGCAACCGAAACGCCGACAAUGUCGACCAAGUGAUGGAGAAGUUCGACUACAUCGUUUACCCCGGCCGCAGCAUUCAGACGGAUGGAAUCAAAGCUUUCUCCGUGACUUCUUUCGGCUUCGGUCAAAAAGGUGCUCAAGCGAUCGGAAUUCACCCCAAGUAUCUUUUCGCUACACUUGAUCAGGCUCAGUUUCAGACCUACAAGCAGAAGGUUCAGGCACGACAGAAGAAGGCAUACCGCUUCUAUCACGAUGGCCUCAUCAACAACUCCAUGUUCCGUGCGAAGACUAAGAGCCCAUACGAGGACAGCCAGCAGAGCAGCGUUUUCCUUAACCCUGAGGCGCGCGUCGCCAUCGACAAGAAGACUGCUCAGCUCGUCUACCCUCUAUCAGGACCCAAGAAGCAGGCGCAAGACAAAGCCACCUCGGAGAUGGUCACGAGGCUGAUGCAGGCCAACGCUGGCGCGGCCACUGGGCAAACAAAUCCUGGCGUUGAUGUGGAAUCGAUCGACACCAUCGACAUCUCGAACGAGACAUUCAUCGCCCGCAACUUCACUCCCGCGGAGAUUGAAUACUGCCGCAAAGCACCCUCGCCACAGGCCAGCUUUGUUGGACGCUGGAGCGCCAAGGAAGCCGUGUUCAAGAGUCUCAAGGUUGAGAGCCGUGGCGCUGGAGCCGCAUUGCGCGACAUCGAGAUCGUCAGUGACGAGAAGACCGGUGCACCCGUCGUUAUUGUAAGUUGA